UCCUCCAUCCAUCACCAUCAUCCGUCACCUCCCUAUGACCUACAUUGCUGUUAGCAGUAGCACACACCCUUGGAGCUCCCUUCUCGCUGUCCUGUGGGUGGGCACAUCCCUGGCCAGGGGCUGCAGGCCUUCGGACAUCCUCCCCUGGCCUGGGCUGGGAGGUGACGCAGCCCAACCGCCGGGAAAGCCCAUCGCCGGCAAGGCGUUUACUAUCCCAAGCAUCCUUGGCUUAACCAUCCUGAGCCCAGGAGAAGCGGAGCCUUCGUGAGCCCCCGGACUGAGGCUUUCCUCCCCUUGAAAGCGGUGAGAAGCCCCUCGUAGGACAGCUCCAGGAAGUGCUUGGAAGGACACCUGCCCUUGAGUCGGCUUGGGAGCAAGCUAGUGUGUGGGCAGGCGCCCGCAUCCCUGCAGCCCCACCAUGCAUUGCAGAUCUUACUUGUUGCUGGAGAAAGAAUUCAUGGACCUCCAAGAAGAAAACCUGUUUGGCAUAACUGUGACUCCACUAAGUAAUGAUUUACUCAAAUGGCUAGCUGAAAUUGAAGGCCUGAAGGAUACAAUUUGGGAAGGAUUUACGUUCCCUUUGUUAAUGAAGUUUUCGGUGGAUUACAACGUUGUCCCUCCGGUUGUGGCGUUUAGCACUAUUCCCUUCCACCCCAAUGUUGACCCCAAAUCUGGCCGACCAUGUAUAGAUUUUCUAGAUAGCCCUGAUCAUUGGGAUAGUAACUAUACACUAAGUAGCAUCUUACUUUCUAUUCAGGUUAUGCUUUCUAAUCCAACAUUAAACAAUCCAGUUAACAUUGAAGCGGCAAGAGUGAUGUUAGAAGACAUAUCUUUGUUCAGUGAACUAGCCCUGAAGUCUCUCUACCACUGCAGCCCUGUAGAUGAGGAGACUGUUCCUGAAGAUAAUGCUAGUUUCAAGUUGUUUCAAGUAGAAGAAGAAACGCCAAGCCUGCCUAAAAAAAACAUUAAAGGAAUUUCCUUUGAUGAAUACUACAAGACAUGGUCUGGAAUCGCGACGUCACAAACAGCCAACUGUUUCAAAAUUCCAGUGUCUCACGAUCUCACAGAAAACUACAAAAAAUGGCAAGGAAAGAGCAUAAAGUCAAGUCGAGCCUGGGAUGCGAAAUUUCACUCCAUCAUGGCUAGAAUCCCUCGGGAAAAUAGGUUACCUACAAAAUUAGACAGAAGCUUAAUGCAAUCCAUCAAAAAUGCACAGAUCUGCACACCAGGGCCUUCUCCAGUGCUGAGCCCAGAGCAAAGGGCUACUUCUGGGGCCUCUCAGGACUUCUUCAUCCCCCUUUCUCAUUCUCUGAAAUUAUAUUGGUGUAUAAUCUGUAAUUGCACCUAUUGUGGUCUGUUCAUUGAUUUUCAUUAUAGUCACUUUAAGCAAAAAUGA